AAAACGCGCUUGCACGCCUGUCUCGGCAGGCCCCGGCCAGGACCCUGACUUUUUAAAUGAAAGCCGGGGUUGUUUAGUCCAAUAAGGGGAAAGGUCCAGCAAGAACAGGUCGCACUUAAACGCCUGCAGAAUACUUGUUUGAAGGCCUUGCCUUGCAUCCUCUUGCUUCUUGGCUUAUACUUGUUCGUCGCCUCGAUUGCGACUUUGGAAACACGCCGCGCAACAGCUGCUUUCUAGAAGUGUGUGGCAUUGGAGAACGACUUGUUGGUUGGCAAUCUUGGAUAAAUCGCAGAGGUCGAAGGCACGAUAGACUCACGCGAGCGCGACCCGGCGAACGCGAUAUCUAUCUUGCCCCAAGAAGUCCGAACACGCUGCUACGAGCGCUUCGUAGACGCAGCGCAGAAUGGGCGGCUCCGUGUCGAAGAUGAUGAAGAAGAUCUUCGGAUCGAAGCAGAUGCGACUGUUGAUGCUGGGACUGGAUGCGGCGGGCAAGACCACAAUCCUCUACAAACUCAAGCUCGAUUCCGACGUCACCACCAUUCCCACCGUCGGCUUCAACGUGGAGAAGGUGCGGUACAAGAACGUCGAAUUUGACAUUUGGGACGUGGGCGGACAGGACAAGAUUCGGCCGUUGUGGAGACACUACUACUCGGGCACGCAGGCCAUCAUCUUUGUCGUGGACAGCAAUGAUCGCGACCGGAUGGAGGAUGCGCGCAAGGAGUUGAAGAGGGUGAUGGACGAGGGGGAAGUGAAGGAGGCGUUGCUGCUUGUGUUUGCCAAUAAGCAGGACAUUGCGGGAGCCCUGAGUCCUCAAGAGGUGUCGGAAAAGCUCGAGCUCAACAAGAUCAAGGACCGGGUGUGGAAGGUGGAGCCCAGCUGCGCAACGUCGGGCGAAGGCAUCUUCGAGGGACUCGCGUGGUUGAGCAGCAACGUGAAGACGCCUUCACGAUGAGUUGUCACGUGUUCACCGCAAGACUAAAAAUUGCACACGGGCCUGGCCGGAGAGUGGGAGAAGACGAACAGGGCACGCGUGAGAUUGGUGCCAUCUCGUCAAUCUUGCCGAUGCAAGAGAAGGCCUGCUGCAAUACAUCACGCCAUAUGGCGGUACCACCGCCCACUCGUGCGCGAAGAAGAACUGCUUUGGAUGAGGAGGAUUUCAUU